AUGGACGACCCGCUCCCCGACCCAACACUCACGCUUACGCUGCCCAGCAUCCACGACGGCACGCCGCUCGACUGCCGCAUCUACUUGCCGCCGUCUGUUCUCGCUGUAGCUACAGCCAGCCCCAGUGCCAUCGCGAGUCUUCCUCGUUGGCGCGGCCAUGCCGCCAUUGUUGCCCACCCCUACGGGCCCAUGGGCGGCUCUUACAACGACCCGAUUGUCAAGAUGGUGGCCCAGACCCUGUUGCAGCCGCAGCCGCAGCCGCAGCCGCAGCCGCAGGCCUCGGCAUCCUCCUCCUUUGUCGUCGCCACGUUCAACUUUCGUGGCGCCGGCCGCAAGCCGCAGGGCCGCACAUCGUGGACCGCCAAGCCCGAGGCCGCCGACUACGUGACCAUUGCCGGCUUCCUGUACUACUUUGCGCACUAUCUCGAUCCAUACGGCGAGAAAGAGGCGGCAACAAGCACGCAGCCGCCCACUCCAACGUCGGCCCCAGCAUCUAGACAACUCUUGUCCUCGCCGCCGCCCACGCUCCUCUUUGCCGGCUACUCCUACGGCGCCAUGGUCACGUCGCUGCUCCCGCCCCUGGCCACCAUCUUGGCCAGCUUCGCCCGACCGCUGCGCGGUUCGCCGGCCGCCGAGGUGCGUCUGCGUGCAGCGCGCUGGGCCGCCAUCCAGAACGCCGACUUUGCCGCAGCGAUGGAGUCGGCGUCCGCGGCCGCCGGCGGCGGCAAGGGCUCGCCCACCAAAGCCCGCCGUGGCGAGGCCCGUUUGAGCAUGGGCGUGCGCGUCGGUGGCGGGCCCGACGAGGACGCGCAGUGGCGGCGGACGAGCCACGAGGUCGGUGAGGCGGGCGGCGCCAUCCGCCACAUUCUCCAUUCGUCUCCUGCACCUCCGCGGCGAUCGGCAUCGGCCGACCACCGCCCUGGCCGCGCCCACAGCCAUCGCCACAGCAAAAGCGACAGUGGCAACGGCCAUGCCAACUCGCACGUGCGGUCCCAUGCCGACGACCUCGACGCCCAUGCCGCCAAGAACGAAGAAAGUGGUGGUGGUGGUGGUGGUGGUGGUGGUGGUGGUGGUGGUGGUAGCCAACGCCGCGUCUCGGGCUGGAUGGCCAAGAUCCGGCAUGGCAACAAAGACGAGGCCGCACCACCACCGCACGACGACGACCCCAAGUCGACAACGCUGUCCGCGGUGCCGAACCUGACGGUUGUCCGCCCGGCCUACCUGUUGGUCUCGCCGCCCGUCGGCCUGGCGACCAGCCUCGCGACCAUGUCCUUUUGCGCCGCCGCGUCGGCCACGGGCGGUCUCUUCAAGCGGAAGCGGCCAGCACCGACACCGUCUGCAACCGACGACACCACGUCCAUCGACGGCAACGACGACAACGGUGACACCGACGACGCCAACAGCAAACUCGCAUGCAACCCGACACUUGUGGUGUAUGGCGAUGCCGACGGCUUUGUCUCGCUGAAAAAGAUACGCACAUGGGCGGCGGGACUGACGACGGCGUCGAUGGUCGCCUCGCGUGGACAGCCUGCAGAAAGACAACGGCCCCUGUUCCGCGCGCAGGAGGUGGCCACGGCCGGCCAUUUCUGGGCCGAGGGGCGGACAUACUAUGAACUGCAGGAGGCCGUAAGCACCUUUGCCGCCGACUUGGCGACGGAGGCGCAGAAUUGA